AUGAACCAAUCAUAAAAAUAAUUUGAAUUCAAGAAUAUUGAUGAAUUGAAGACCUUCCUUAAAUAUUAACAGAGAUCAUCAAAUCAAUAUCAAUUAAGAUUCAAUGAUUUAUUGCUAGAAAAGGUUGAGGAAUCCCCAAUCAAACUCGAUUCUGAUUUGUCUCUUGUAGAUUUUUAAACCCAUUACGACUCUAAGGUUCCAGUAAUUAUCACAGGGUUGGACAAGGAUUGGGAAAAUUGGGAUUGGGAUUAUCUAAUUUAAAAUUAUAAGGAAUGUUAUUUCAGGUGUGCCAUAGAUGAUGAUGGCAACUAUUUGAAAUUGAGAUUUGAUCAAUACAUUCAAUAUUUUUAGAACAAUACUGAUUACAACCCCUUAUAUAUAUUUGAUGGAGACAUUCCCCAAAAAAUGUUAAAUUAAUACAAGAUACCAUACUUAUUUCCAUAAGACUACCUAGCCUACUUGAAGUAGAGAAGACCAUAAUAUAGAUGGAUUUUAUGUGGUCCUAAGCAAUCAGGAUCAAUGAUUCAUAUAGAUCCCUAUGAAACCUCUGCUUGGAAUUGCGUUGUUUUAGGGAAGAAAAGAUGGGUUAUGUUUCCACCUUCUAUUGAUAAGAAUAUUAUUAAAGGUAUCAAGGAUAUCUUAGAGAAUAUUAAUAAUCCAAUUGAUUAUUUUAGUAUCAUAGUUCCUUUGGUGAAGAAGCACUGCGAUUAAUAAAAUAUUAAAUAUUAUGAUUUCAUUUAGAGUGAACAUGAAACUGUUUAUGUUCCAAAUGGAUGGUGGCAUGCUGUAUUGAAUGUUGAAGAUAGUAUUGCUGUAACUCAGAAUUAUGUGAGUGAUUAAAACUUGGAGAAAUUUUGGAUUGCUUUUAAUAAGGAAAAUCCAACAUUAAGUUAAUAGUUUUAAACUAAUGUGUAAUAAGAAAAUGGGGAAUUAUACAACAGGAUUUUGGGAUUGAAUGAAAAAUUCAAUAUCCAGAUUAAAUCAUUAUAAUAGGAUGACAAUAACUCAGAGUAGGAUUCCUUGGAAGAGUUUUAGAAUUAGUUUGACUGA